UCCACAGGGACCGUUAGUUUCUCAGGAAGGUCCUUGCAUUAUGAAGUCUGUAGAGGAGAAACCCAUACAGAGCAGCCGUUAUGGGUUAGAUGUAAUGAGAAACAGCUACAGCACGGAGAGCAUACAUUGUUUCAUGUAAGGUGCUGUGCAGCCAUGACUGAUAAAAAUAUGAUUUUACAGAACUAUACAAAUUCAGAGGAAGUUGUACUGGGUCCGUAUGUUCAGAUGUACCCAGCAAGUCAUGGAUCAAACCAGGCCUUGAAUAUAAAAGCUGAGGAAGACUCAGAUCUACAAGAGGAAGUGGAUCCUGUGCCAAUAACAGAUCAGGAAAUAAAGGUUAAAUGUGAGAACUAUACAAAUUCAGAGGAUGCUGUACUGGGUCCAUAUGUUCAGAUGUACCCAGAAAGUCAUGGAUCAAACCAGGUCUUGAAUAUAAAAGUUGAAGUCUCAGAUCCACAAGAGGAAGUGGAUCCUGUGCCAAUAACAGUUCAGGAAAUAAAGGUUAAAUGUGAGAACUAUACAAAUUCAGAGGAUGUUGUACUGGGUCCAUAUGUUCAGAUGUACCCAGAAAGUCAUGGAUCAAACCAGGUCUUGAAUAUAAAAGUUGAGGAAGACUCAGAUCCGCAAGAGGAAGUGGAUCCUGUGCCAAUAACAUUUCAGGAAACAAAGGUUAAAUGUGAGGCUAAUCUAAAGACACAUCAGGGCAUACAUAGCGAAGAGCGGCCAUUUUGCUGCGACACGUGUAAUAAGUCAUUCAGUGACCAAAGAUUUCUGGAAAAUCAUCAGCACAUACAUACUGGGGAACCAUUCCGCUGCAAUGUGUGUAAUAAGCCAUUCAGCAAGAAAAAAAGUCUGAAUGAUCAUCAGUAUAUACAUACUGGUUGGCCAUUCUACUGCAACAUGUGUAAUAGGCCAUUUGGUAAGGAAAAACGUCUGAAGAAACAUCAGCGUAUGCAUAGUGGGGAGCGUCUUUUUCACUGCAAAAUGUGUAAUAAGUCAUUCAAUGAUCAAAGCAGUCUGGAGAUUCAUCAGCACAUACAUAGGGGGCAGCCAUUCCGCUGCAGUGUGUGUAAUAAGUCAUUCAUUGAGCAAAGCCGCCUGGAGAACCAUCAGCUCAUACAUAGGGUGCAGCCAUUCCGCUGCAAUAUGUGUAAUAAGUCAUUCAAAAAGAAAAGAAGUCUGAAUGAUCAUCAGUAUAUACACAAUGGUUUGCAAUUCUGCUGCAACGUGUGUAAUAGGUCAUUCAGUAGGGAAGGACGUCUGAAGGAACAUCAGCGUGUGCAUAGUGGGGAGCAUCUUUUUUGCUGCAAAAUGUGUAACAAGUCAUUCAGUGAGCAAAGGCGUCUGGAAGAUCAUCACCUGGCACAUAUUUCAGAGCCAUUCCGCUGCUAUGUGUGUAAUGAGUCAUUCAAUAAGAAAGAACUUCUGAACGCUCAUCAGCGCGCACAUACUGGGGAGCCAUUGUCCUGCAGCAUGCGUAAUAAGCAGGGCCAGGAUUUUGAUGACCUAAAAAUAUUUAAAAGUGACCCAUGAAAUGACCGAAAAAUACUGAAGAAUUACUUAAAAUUAAAAAAAAAAUGGCUUAAAAAUAUAUCAUGGAAGAUCCACUAAUUUUUUUAAAAUGUAUUUAAGUUGUCUCAUUCAGAGUUGCACUAUUCAUUUUUCUUGACAUGAUUUUACCAGUAUCCCCUGACACUUUCUCCAAAUAAUUGGCUACUUUUUUCACCAGAGCGAGCAAAUCAACUAGCAUUGCUCUUUUCUCCUGCAAGCAUUUGAUUUCUUCUGUCAAGGAACUGAAAUUUGCCAUUAUGGAGGCCAGCUGUCCUUCCAUUUCACUGCACGAGAACUGCUCCUGACCAGCUUCAGUUGCCCUCGCAUCCUCCGUCUUCAUUGAAUCUACAGUGUUUUUCACUACCUGAAAUUGUUCACAAUAGUUCAUUCCACUUUUCCCAUCUUGUGAUGAUGGGUUACAGGGACAGCGGAACACCAGGAACCAUAGGCUUAAACUCCCAUCUUAUGAACUGGAGCCUUGAUGAAAAUCUUCAUCCUCGAUACAAGAGCAUCCACUUGAGAAAAAUUUGAUCUCACUUCCUCCGUCACUCUAUGCAGUGCAUGAGCUAGGCAAGUAUCAUGCACCAAUUUUGUAUGAAAUGACUUUAUUGACUUGUCUGCUUUUAAAAUAUAUGGGGCAGCAUCAGUCACGAAAAGCAAGAUGUCAUCGUGUCUGUCCACAGUAGAAACAUGAACCUAUAUAAGAGUUCACAAGUUUUUGACUAAUUAACGAAUUCGAGGACCUCACUCUACAUACUUCACCUGGUCCAUCAGUUUCCAAGGUUCCAGUGAUGAUAUUUGUCAUGUAGCAAGUCUUCAUAUUGCAGGUCUCAUAAAUGAAAACGAAAAUCUUCCCAUGCACUUUAUUUCCGAUUAUUUCCAGGAUAUUGUAGCACUUGGAAAGGUAGUUUUUUUUUCUAAGAGUGGAUUCAUCUGGGUUGGAAUGACCACAAAUCACUUCCAGGGAAUGUUUCAGUUUUUCAUUUCUUCACAGCCCCAAAUGAAAUAUUUGUGGACACCAGAGCAUCACACAGAUUUCUGAAAAAGAAGUCCAACGACUUAUUCCCACCUCCAGACAAAGACUAUUGCAUUAACAUUUGCACAUAUUUCUUUUUGUUUGAAAUUUGCACAGCUCGUAUAUGCUUGUUGCAGCCAAUAUGUUGUUGUACCAUGAAUAUUUUUCCUACUGCUAGUUUUGUGUCGCACAUAAAAUGUUAUCGUCACUUGAAAAUAUAUCAUCUCCAAACACAACUACAGUCUACAUAACUAAGUUAUGUGAAUCGAGAGAGAUUCCGGCGAAAAAUAUUUAUAACUAAGCAAAUUGCUUUGCUCAGAACUUGAAAAGAGUGUGAGUGACUGUUAUCAUAUGCUGUUGCCAUCUUAAAAUGAUUUAUGGUAUAUAUUGUCAAUACUUUCCCCAUUACAAAGUAUUAUUGUAUACUCUGGUAGCACCUGCUACUUGGGCUGCAGCUGUAUGCUGCCUUUGUAGAGAGCUCUUAUAAUAAAGGCAGAACACUUCUAUAUUAUUCACAUUUCACAAAACAUAUGAAUAAAACUUCCCAAAAACGUGUUAAAUGACCAUAAAAGAAACUUUGAAUCCCCAAAAUUUACUGAAAAAUUACUCCCAAGCUGAAAAAUGGCCAAAAACUUAAAAAUUAUGAAAAAUUACCUGUAAAAUUCACAUUUCUGCAACCAGCAACUCAUCUCUGAGAUUUAUAUAUUUAAGGGCAUUGCAUGAGAUACAAAGGAAAAAAGAUGUCAUCAAACUCCAACCCCUGGUAAGUCACUCAGUAAAUAAAGUCAUUUGAAGGAUGAUCAGUGGUUACAUAGUGGGGAGCAACCAAUCUGCUGCAUUGUGUGUAUAAGUCAUUCAGAAAGCAAAGUAACCUGAAGUCACAUCAGUAUAUACAGUCAACUCUUGAUUAUCCGGGAUAAUGGUGGGGAUGGAAAUCACGAUUAAUCGAAAACCCGG